AUGUUAGAGAAGAAUGAUCGAGAAUGGAAGGUAACAGUUAAAGCUACUGAAAGAAUACUUCGACAACUUGAAGCAAUGGGUGAAAAUCUCGAACAAUCCAGUAUUGAAAUCAUCAUUGAAAAUAAACUCCCUACCUGGAUUUUGGAAAAAACGAAGAAUGCAACGACUGAACGAAAACAACUAACUGUCUGUCUAAACUGUCUUCAACCAGGAUAUACGACAAUCAAUUGCAAGGCAAGAAAACGUGUAUGUUUUUAUUGCAAAGGUCACCAUAAUACUACAUUAUGCUGUUCUAAGUACAAUGAUCAAGCACAAUCAGUAGAACCAAUCGAAGAAGAUCGAAAGACGGCAGGUAAUCAAUUCAAUGAUAAGGUAUUCGAAAGGGAAUGA